AUGGAGAGUCCUGAGAUGCGGAUAAGCAUCAACAGGAAGAUAGCGCAGCUGACCAGGGUAAUACAACGCCUUAGCACAACUCAAGAAGAUCAUGAGCUCCAUCUGCAGAGGCUCACGGACGCUUAUGAACAGGAGAUAGAAGAAAUCAUCCUGGAGGCUAAUGCCAAACUUAGUGCAUGCGGACGGGCGGCCAGGGAGGCGCACAUUAGCAAAGUCACUGAUGCUGUAGGGCCGUGGCCAGACAACUAUGAGGUCACAGAGCUGAAGCAGAAGCUACUGGCCGCAUCAGCAGCGGCUGCGUGUGAGCUGACAAAGUAUAAGGCAGCGCUAGAUGCUGAAACGCUCAAAAAGCAAGAGCAGUGGGACAAGCAGCUUUCUAAAGUGCAGAGUAAGGCUUCUGCACUCUUUGUCGAGCACCUGCCUCCAAAAGGUCGCCAGUCUCUCCUACCUCUGACAGCCCUUCUGCUCGUGGCCGUUGUUCCCUCCCUGAUGGCGGCUUUGUUUUCUCUUCUGGCGUUCCUGCACCCCUUUGAUUUCUUGUGCUCUUUCUUGGCUUCAGGCGAGUGGAGAUGUUGGCAGUCUUCCCUGGCAACAGCUUCGGAUGCGUUGCGCAAGGCCUCGGAGGAAUUCGAGGCAUCACGUGAGGCCCUGCAGAUCCAAAUACAGGAGCUGUCCACCGAAAAUGACACGCUCAACAAAGAAGUAAACCUAGCUAAACAGAUCCACAAAACGCCCGAUGUAGCGAAAGGGGGAGAAAAAUACACAAGUCAGAGUGAAGGAAACAAAAGCGCACAAUAUAUGGGUUGUUCAUUGUGCUUGAUGAGGGGAUCUCGUAUCGAAGGAGAGAAGCACACAAGUUACCUGUCAGUAGCGAGGCGCUACUGUUGCUCACUUUCUCAGGAAAUAAAACGAGCGACAUCAGAAGCUGUAGAGCUGCGACAUCGGCUGGCGGAAGUUAUAGCACAACGCGAAGCAGCAGAAGCAGAAGCAGCGGCAGCAGUAAACCUCUCGGAGACGCAGCAGAGGACCAGCGGGCAACAACACCAAAAACUUGAAGCUGAGCUGCAGAGAGUGCAGCGAUUGAGACAUGAAGAGCAACAGGGACACGAAAAAGCAGUCACCCUGCUGGAGAGAGAGUGCGCAAGACGAGGCUCAGAUUUGUUAUUAUUCUGCAUUAAUGCGUGUUCAGGCGGAGCGAGAGGCCUUGGAGCGAGAGCUGCAAAGCCUCAGGAAGCACGUGAAGGAGCUGCAGGAGACUUUAGAGAUAGUACGCAGGCCAAGGAGCAAGAAGUGGCGGUCGAUUUGUUAUCUGAACGCGAGCUACGGGUUGCAGCAGCCAGGAGCUAUGACCAGAUGAUCUCAGCCAUGGAACAGGAUGGAUUAGAGAAAGAGGCAAAGCUCCAACAGUUGGUAGAGCGAUGCAAAGAAUUGGAGGGCCUACUUGAGGAGACCGCCCUACAGAGUACUGAGCGACUCAAAGAAAAAGGAGAUGCCUGUCAGCAACAGCUGGAACGUCAAAAGCAGGAGCUCCAUGACGCGUACUUAGCUAAUAGGCGACUGCACGAAAAGGUGCGCAUGGCCGACGACCGAGUGGAGGAGGUCGCCCUCUCUGCGAGAACAGAAGCUGCGGAGAGGGCCGUGCAGACUGCGGAGUCCCUUCGCAUCGGUCUGAGUUUGGAAACUGCCAUGCAGCUAAAGGAACAACUUGCAGACUCCGAGAGGAAGCGAUCUGAGACGUCCAUUGCUCUGGAAAAGCUUGAAAGGGAUGCGCAAGAGCGAGCUACGCACGAACAGAAAAAUUGUGAACACCUGAAGUGGGAACUAGAAAACACGCAGAAGCAGCUGCUGCAGCUGACAGUGGCAGAACUGAGAGCCCGCCUUGUUGCGGAGGAAACUGCCAACAAACAGGAAGCAGUAAGAUAUCAAGAGGAGCUGCAAAAGCAGCGGGAUGCCCUCAAUGCGGAGCAAGAGCAGGCACUUGCUGCCGCAGCCUCUUUAGCCGCAGCAGAGAGAGCAUCCCUUCAGCAAGGCUUUCAAGAGGCAAUGAAGCAAGCCGAACAGCAAAUGGAGACACAAAAGCAGGCCCUGAAAGCGGAGCUGAUGGCCAGGCACUCAGCGCAGCUGCAAGCCGUCACAUGCAGCCACAGAGCAAAGCAGGAAGAGGAGGCGAAGGAACACCACAAGGAGAUGCAGGAUCUUGAGACGCGGCUUAGGGAAUCUGCUGCCGCUGCUGCUGCUGCUGCCGCAGCGCGGCUCAAGGCUGCAACAGACCAGACAGCGUCAAUGAAGGAGCUGCUACAGACCACCAACCAGCAACUGGAGGCUACUACAGAAGAACGAAAGAGUUUGGAGCGGACGCUCGAGUGCCUCCGUGCCUCCCAACACGAGGCCAUUGCAGCGCUGAAAGCAGAGAGGGUGAAACACGAGGAGGAGAUGAAGGCCAAGGAGGAGGAGGCACAGCAAAGAGAAAGGGCGGUCGAACUGCUCAUGAAGCUAAAUCAAGAGACACUCGAGCGAGAGCACGCGUCUGCCCUUGCCGAUCAAGAAAAGGAGCAUCAAGCGGAGAAGUCAUUGCUACAGAGCCGCAUGUCCACCAUAGAAAAGGAAAUGGAGGAACAACAGAGACACUUAGAUAGGAGGCCCUCCCGACAAGAAGACCUGGAAACUAUUGAUGCCCUCACCAAGGCACUAAAGGAUGCAAACGUCCGGGGAUCCAGCUUUCUACUUGGGGGCUCUAAGUUGGAAUAUAGGGCUUACGGCUCAGAGCUGUUCAGAGUUGCUCAGCGUUUGGUUCCCGCUGCUUUUGAUGUCCUCAGCGACAGAACGUACAACAAGGUAUUUGGAUCCGACCCGAAGGCGGGACUUGUUAAUCCCUUAGAAAGGCCCAACAUUCAGAGCAGGGCAAGAAGAAGCACCGGUUCUUUUAUGGCUUCCUCCCAGACAGGUCAACCUUAUAGAGCUUAUAAAACAAUCAGGUGUAGCAAUAUACAACAUACAUGA